AUGACAGACCGCAAGACACUUGUACAUACACACAUCCAUUGGCGUAAUGAAAAAAGGAAAAAUUGGCAGAGAGAGCUGAUAUCAAAAGUGGUAGAACUUAUCAAGGCCGAGGAUCAUGACUCGUUGGCACUUGUGGCAAGGACUACAGGAAUCCCACCACAACUGCGCAAAAACGUAUGGCCUAUUUUAUUGAAAUACCACCCUAUGGUUAUAUCGCCAAAUAUCAUGUCAAAUACGUUGGUGUGGGACUCUCAAAAUCAGAAAUGGCGCUACCAUCCUGAAACGAGAACUAGCGAGGAAGUUCAAACUCUUAUGGUACACGAUUUGAACAAAUAUUUCCGCAGAAGAAGCCAUGGCGGCAAAAGGAGUAACACCGCUAACGGGGCGAAUGCAGGGGCAUCUACUACCGAUACAUGUGUGAUACCAUCCGAAGAACAACACAUUAUAGAAUUUCUCAAAGACUGCAUAUGCAAAUUCCUUAAAAAAUGGGGCCAGUUUUUCAAGUAUGAAAGUGGGCUCUCAUGGAUUGCACUAGCUCUAGCAGAGUGGUAUCCAUUUGAUGACAACAACAACGUGCUACCUGGGAAAAGACACGGCCCCCCAGUUAACCUAUACGAUGAGUAUUUUCUGCCGCAAGAAAUAAGAUCUGAACUACUGGGGAAAGCCCAGUUUACAUUCGACGAACUUUUUGAAAGGUUGACUCUCGUUAUUUUGCACAGUCCGGAUAUACCGAGAGCUGAAAAGCUAGCGAAAGCGGAAUCCGGAAUAACCCCUGCUCUACAAUAUUAUCCGGUAGUAUCUGGUGGAGAUCUUGCAUUUCAGUGCCAAAUGUUUUUCAAAGUUUUCUCCACUAUAUUACCGGAACUUUAUCAGCCGGUGAGUGACGAAGAGACUCUCAGGCCUUCGAAGAAAACAAAUUGGAUGUAUUGGUGGUUUAAGUGUUCGGGGGCUCGCGUACUCCACAAACAGGAUCGAGCUCGGAUAUGGGACACAUUGCUUGGAUGGAGACCUCACCCGAAGUCACUAAACUUUUACCUCAACUACAACAACAAGUUGUUCGGACACCUGUACUCGACAACAACAUCUUCUCACGUAGAUUCCGACUUUUUUCAUAAAAUUUGCAAGUAUGGACAUGACGCAUUUUGGUUUCCCGACUUGGAAACACUGCGACUUGGAUCCCAAGACAUGCGAUGCGAUUUCCAAGUUUUGUCUGAGCUGGUUCGACGCAAUAAGUACGGCACAUCCGAUGAGGAGUCGGAAGUUCAAACAGAAAAUAAUGGUAACAAAUCUGCUUGUGUCUCUCAAAGGGGAGUAAAUAUCCCCUUCUCGCUCUUAGAUCCGCAUGUGCAACUAGUGUUCAUAUACAUGGCUAUCCUACAACAGCAUGAGUUCAAGUUACUGGAAUUCGAAGAAGCAGAAAUUUCCGAGUUUUUCAACAAUGUGCCAUCUCUCUCACGGGCCGAUGAUCACAACUACCGAAAACUAUACGAACUUGAUCUAGAAUCGCGCUCGGUAAGCUCGAGUGAAACAGAACCAGAGGAUUUAUCCAAACGGCCGACAUCAUCUUCCUCCACUUCACAUAUGCUUAUAGAGGUGGGUGACGACGACAAAACAUCCAACUCGUUUGAUGAGCUGUAUAAUAUGGCCGGUGAUAUAUGGAGGAAAUGGAUAUGGAGAGAACUAGAAGACAGUGUUAGUGGGUAG